CCCUUCCUGCUGCCCGGCAGCGCCCCGGCCCCGCGCCCGCCCAGACCGGCCCAGGCGAGCGCAGCGCCGGAGCGGGAGCCGGAGCGGAGCCGGAGCGGCUGCACAGGGCCAGGUUCCAGAGAGCCACGUGUUCAGGACAAGGCAGCAAGCAGCUACAGCCGGCUCCAAAGGGAAUGAGCAGCUGCAGGCCCCCCCAGGCAGCCCCCCGCACCUGCCCCCCGAGGAAGCUGGUGACGCAGACCGAGCAGCCCAGAAGGAGAAGCUGCAUGCGGAGCUGAAGAGAGUCCUGCAGAGGAAAGGCGAGAGCCAGCGCAGCUCCGAAGAGGCCGAGGAAGAGGAGAGGGGGGAGCCCCUGGCCCCAGCCAAGAUGGAGGCGCAGCUGAGCUCCAUGGAGAAGACCAUUGAGACCUCCGAGCUGCUGGAGAUCAUCGUGGAGACGGAGGCAGAGGCCGGGGUCAGCGGGAUGAGCGUGGCCGGAGGGGGAAAGAGCGGCCUCUUCAUCAAGGACGUCCUGAAGGACUCGCCUGCUGCUCGGGCGCUGAGCCUCCGCGAAGGCGACCAGCUCCUGAGUGCCAGAGUCUAUUUCGACAACAUCAAGUACGAAGACGCCUUGCAGAUCCUCAAGUGUGCUGAGCCGUACAAGAUCUCCUUUUGCCUGAAACGGACCGUACCCAGCGCUGACGUCUCCCGCAAGCCUGGAGCCACCACCUUUGAAGUGAGGGGCCCCAAAGCCAAGAUGGCCAAACUGAACAUCCAGAGCCUGACAUCGCUGAAGAAAAAGAAGAAGAAGAAGAAGGCGGUGGCUGCAAAGGCCAAGGACCUGCAGGCGGCGUCAGGGGCGUCCUGGAGCGGGGACUUGGCUGGUGGCAAGCUGGACGUGGCUCCCGUCGACGUGGAGUUCUCUCUGCCCAAGUUCUCCAAGCUGCGCAAGGCCAAGAGCGCAGGAGAAGUGGCCGUUUCGGAGCCCAGCCCAGACAUCUCUCCUCGCCUGUCCUCCCUGGAGACCAAGCGGCGCAGGCUGAAGUUCCCCAGGCUGAAGGUUAAGGAGGCUGCGGCAGCGAGAGCCAAGGGAGCCGGGGGCUGGCUGGAGGUGGGCCUGCCCAAGGCUGCGGUGGAGGCGAAAGCAGCAGGCAGCCUCUCCCGCUUCAGCGCGUCCUUCAGCAAGGCCAAGAGGGCGGGGGCCAAGGCAGAAGGCGAGUUCCAGGCCCCGCAGGUGGAGCUCGACCUGCCACUGCCCAAAGCUGGGCCCGGCAGAGAGUCCCCCAAAAGCAGAGUCCAGGCCCCCCAGUUUGGACUGCCCAAGGUGGAGGCCGCCCUGCCCAAAGUCAGCGGGGUGGAGCUCCCAGAAGGGGGUCUCCAGGGCGGGCUGAAGCUGCCUGUGGCCGAAGUGGCAGCCCCCAAGGUGGACGUUGACCUGUCCUUCCCUGGGCUGGAGAGAGCCGCCCCAGAGAUGACCCCUAAAGGGGAAGGCUUCAAGAUCAGGGCCCCCAAGUUUGGGGUCUCUGCUGAGGAGGCGGAGCUGAAAGCACCCAGCGUCAAGGUCCCGGCUGUCGAAGUGGCCCUGGGCAAAAUGGAAGAGCGGGAGGAGAAGCUGAAGGCGGGGGUGGCCCUGUCCUCCCUGGAGGUGGGGAUCCGCUCGGUGGAGCUGGGGAUCCCCCUGCCCAAGGGGAAGGCUGAAGUGGAGCUUUCGAAGGCCAGAGCAGAGGUCCCAGACGUCUCCGUCAAGGUGCCUUUGCUCAGCCUGCCCAAGCUGGGCUCCAGAGCCCCCCUGGAGAAAGGGGAAGAAGAAGGCAGGCUGCCCCAGGUGGAGCUCAGCAUGGGGAGGCACGAAAGCCCCAAGGCGAAAGCCAAAGGCCCCAAGAUCCAGCUCCCAGGGUUUGGGAUUUCCUUGACGGAGCACAAGCUAGAAAGCAAAGAGGGGGCCGCGUUCCCCGAGGUGAAGGUUCCCUCUCUGGACAUUGCUCUCCCCAAAGUGGGGGAGGUGCAGCUUCCCAGGCCCAUGGUGGAGGUGGCAGCCCCCGCCGGGAGGCCCAAGUCAGGAGAGGUUGCUGAAGGGCCCGGGUUCAAGUUCCAGGUGCCCCAGGUGUCUCUCCCAAAGUUUGACCUCUCUGCCAAGGCAGACUCCCUGCCCCAGAUGCAUGCCCAGCUGCCCAGGCUGGAAGGUGAGGCCGGCGUGAAGGUCAGCGUCCCCAAGGUGGAUCUCUCCUUGCCGGCAAUGCGGCUGCCGGACAUGCAGCUGCCCAAGGCCCCCGUGCCCAGGCCAGAGUUGGAUAUCUCCGUGGAGAAGCCGCGGGUGGAGGUGGCUGUCCCUGCCGCUCGCCUGAGCUGUCCGUCGGCGGCCGUGCCUGCACUGGACAUUGACUUGCCCAAAGUUGGGCUUGAACUGGAUCUGCCAAAGGUGGAGAGAGAGCUGGCGGCCUCCGAGCCGCUGCCCCGGGGCCACGAGGUCAAGCUCAGGGUGCCCUCGCCCAAGGCCGUGACCAGAGACUUGGAGGUGGAGAUCAGUGUCCCCACGUGCCAGGGGGGCCUGCCAGAGGCAGAGCCAAGGGAGAGGGUCUUGGGGGGGCCUGAUGUCAGCGGGUUGGUGGCCAAGAUCCCCAAAGUGGACCUUUCUCUGGGGAAGGCCCUGGCGGGAGAGGAAGGAGCAGCAGAGAGCAGCCUGGCUGUGAAGGGCCAGCCUUUGCUGGAAGUGGAGGGGGCCAAAGUGAAGCUACCCUCUGUCGAAAUCCCGUCCGUCAAGAUCCCAGAUGUGACCCUGGAGAGCGGCAAAGCCCUGGAGGCUCAGGCCAGCAUCAAGGCGCCCAGAUUUACACUCCCCAAGUUCAGCAUCCCUGGCCCCAAAGCCUGGAAGGCCAGCCCAGAGGCCUCAGCCCCUGAGGCAGAGGGUGGCAUGGAAGCCAAGCUGAAAGUGCCAAAGUUUGGGAUUUCCUUUCCCAAAUCGAAAGUGGAUGUGGAAGGGAGGGCACCCAAGGCAAGGGCAACUGCAGCCCUUGAGGCUCACGGGGGGGUGGAGCUGCCAGCGGUGGAUGUCACAGUGCCGGCGGUGGACGUGGACCUUGGCCUCCCCGCAUGGCCCGGUGAAGAGCCUUCCGGCACCCCCUUGCCCGAGGUUGGCACUGAGGUGCCCGACAUCAAGCUGAAAGUACCCAAGUUUUCGCUGCCCAAAUUCCGGGGCAAAGGCAAGGAAGGGGACCUGGCAUUUGAGAGCCAGGAGGGCAAGUUGAGAGGGAGCAGGGAGGCCCUGGCAGGAGACCUGGGCACAAAGGUGCCCGAAAAGGAGGCCAAAGGCUCCAAGUUCAAGAUGCCCUCAUUCGGCCUCAUGCGCAGGGACACAGCGGGCAUGGAAGCAGAAGCCAAGAAAGCCCCUGGCAGCCCCAGGGAGAAGCCCAAGGGGGGCCCCUUCGCCAAGAUGCCCAAGCUGAAGCUCUCCUCCCCCAAGGUGGAAGCAGACCCAGGGAAGCUGGCACAUCUGCAGGCCCCGCCCGAGCUGGAAGUGAAGGUUCCCCAGGUGGAGCUGCCCAGGAUCGGGGCCAGGGAUGAGGUGGGGCUGGCCGUGGGUGCAGAGAGCCCUACCCUCAAGGUGAAGGUGCCCUCUCUGGAGAUCUCCAUGCCCAGCAGCAGAGGUGAAGGGGAGAAGCCGGUGGUGGACGUCUCGGAGGCUGACCUCCGCGGAUACGAGGGGGAGCUGAAGACCCCCAGGGUGGGCAUUUCCACCCCCAAACUAGAGCUGGAAGUGAGUUUACCCACAGCCGGGGUGGAAGAGCCCAUGCUGCCAGCAGAGACCAAGAUCAAACUGCCGCAGGUGGAGCUGCCAAGGUUUGGGAGAGCGGAGGAGGGUGGGGCAGAGGUGCAGCUGCUUGGGGGGCGCAGGCUCAGCUUUGGGGAGGAAGGUGGGGAAGGGGCGGUGGACACCUCCCUCCUGGGCACCAAGAUCCGCUUGCCCAGAGUGGACCUCUCCUUGCCCAAGGGGCGCCUGUCGGACACGGAGCUGCCCCUGACGGCAGAGGGGGGAGAGGUGGUCCCUGAAGGGUCAGAAGCCAAGUUCCGGAUGCCUUCAGUGGGGCUGCCCAAGUUCUCUGCCCCCCGAGUGAAGGCCCCUGAGGUGGAGCUGGAUGUGGGCCCGGAAGCAGGGAAGGGGACUCACGCCAAAGCUGGGGGCCCGGUCAUCAGGCUGGCCAAAUUUGGGGGCUCCACCUCGGACAGGGAAGCGGAAGCUGAGGCGGAUUUGCCCCGAGUCCCACAGCUGGAGCUGAAGGCCCCCAAACUGAGAGGCAGCACAGAGGCGCUGAGCCCUGAGGCCAAGGAAGCCGCCCAGAUCAAGAUGCCCUCUGUGCCCAUUGGCUUUGGCCUUGCCAAGGGGGAGGCGGAGGCCCGGGGGUCCCCCGAGGAGGGCAAGUUCAAGAUCAAGCUCCCGUCCCUGGGCCUCUCCAAAGCGGGUGCAGACACCCAGCCCCUCUGCCCCCCACCUGAAGGGGCGGACUUCUCCUUCAAGAGGCCCCAGAUUGCGCUGCCAGACGUGGGCUUCUCGGUGGCCCAGGAGGGGAAGAGUGAGGCUGCCCGGCGGGAAGCAGGGAAGCUGCCAGAUCUGGAUGUGGAAGUGGGAGGGUUCGAGGCCAGGCUGAAGGCGCCCCAGAUCAAGGUGCCAGCUGUGGAGCUGCUGGGCCCCCAGGGGGAUGGCGCUCCCUCUCCAGGCGAGUUGGAGGGGAAGAGAGCGGCCUUCCACGUGCCGGGCGUGGAGCUCUCAGCCCCCAGCCUCAAGGCGCAUGCAGAGUACCAGGUGGAGGGGGCCCAGCUCCGCCACGGCAGCUCCCAAGAGCUGAGGGGGGGCCGAAGUGGGGAGGCCCCUGAGGCGGAGGCAGGGAAGAGGUACAAGGUGAAGAUCCCCAAGUUUGGGCUGUCUCUGCCCAAAGGGGGAGCAGAGGGCGGGGAAGGAGGACCCCCUGGGCACGAGGGGGAGGCCAAGGUCAAGAGGCCCAUGUUUGGGCUGGGGAGGGCCAAGGGCAGAGGGGCGGAGGGGCUCCUGGAGGGGGAGGGGGAGGAGGCAGAGGGCAGCAAGGGGGGGAUGGCCAAGCUGAAGCUGAAGCCCCCCACCUUUGGGCUCUCCCUCUCACCCAAGGCCAAGGGAGGCGGUGCCCAAGUCAAUGGGGAGCUGGAGGACGGCUCUCCCCUGAAGAUGAAGGUGCCCAAGCUGGGCUUCUCCAAGGGCGAGGGGGGUGCCCAAGUCAAUGGGGAGCAGGCGGGGGCCUCUCUGCACAAUGGGGCCAAGCUGGGCAAGAUCCGCCUGCCGCAGGUGGAGCUCUCCUCCCCGCCCAAGAUGGCAGGAGCAGACUUGGAGCUGAACCUGGAGCUGGUGCGGGCAGAGGAGGCCAAGGACGAAGCCCUGGGGGCCGGCAGGGGAGCCUUGGCGGCCCUCAAGGCGGCCAAGUUCAAGUCGCCCAAGAUCUCCUUCUCGGGCUUCAGGAAGCGCACUGGGGAGGGGGCUGCUGGGGCCGUGGUCUCCUCGGCUGCCCGGGUGGAGAUGUCUUCUCUGGAAGCGGCUGAGAUGGGCGCCAAGGGAGAGAGGUCCCCAAAGUCCCGGUUUCCCAAGGUGGCCCUGAGCCCCAAAGCUCAAGGGGGCCUGGAGGGGGGCUCCGAGCAGGGCGAGGGGAGUUUGAGGAUCAAGCUGCCCUCAGUGGGCUUCUCUGGGGAGCAUGAGGGGCAAGUCUUGGAGGGCAGAGUGGCGGGGGCCAGAGGAGAGGCAGGGGAGGCAACUAUGUGAGUGGGGCAGCUGCCUAGGGUUCUCCUGCACCCCGCCCCACUUCCUGUGUAAUGCUUAGCACUAACCACAAGGGGGCGCCGGCCUUGGCAAAGGAGUGGGGGAAGCAAUCAGAGGCCCCCCAGUCACUGGAGGCUUCCCACCUGCUUUUGCAAGCCUACCAUGAAGGCGCCACCCUCCUCACAGCUGGGGGUGGUGGUUUCUUUUUGUAAAAAAACAAUGUGAAUAAAUCCCCCCAGUGCCACCCCCUGGCCGGUCUUCCUGUCUCCCUCUCCCUGUGCCCCCACCCUGCCCCAAUCAAAGUCCCAGCCAGCAGCUGCCCUCCAGGCCUUCCUCCGUUCAUCUUGGGGCCUCAAGGCAUGCGGGCAGAAUUUGGUGGGGGGCCAGGCUGGGCUCAGAGGUCUGCUUUCCUCUCCUUGCACUGGGAAGCUUGUCUACUAACUAAUGGAUAAAGGGUUGUUUGGAAGACUAAGCCCUCUCAACCCCCCACCCUGUUUUGAAAUAAAGCCAAUUUAAGAAUUGGGGACAAGGUGGAAGGAGAAUCUAAUGCAUCUUUGGUUGGGAGUGUCCAGCAAGGAGAUUGGAGAUGGUUGCCAGUCAAAGGGUAGUUUAAGACGCAGGCGGGGAAAGAGCUCCUUGUGAAAGGGGGGGGGGCAGUUUUGGGAGACAUUCCAGCCGUGGCAUUGGCAGCCAGAAGAGGAAUCCUGGAAGAGGACACUCCAGGCUCAUCUAGUCCAACCCCUGCAAUUCAGGAACCCCGGUUCUUAGUCCCGCCAGCUCCCUUGAACUGGGCAACUCAGAUGCCUGGAGCAGCGCCCCGUUGGAGAGCAGCCUUGGGUCGCCUCUGGAGCUGGCCGGACCUUUUGGACGGCUGUUUCCAUCCCCCUGCCUUCUGCUGGCAGGCCCGGUUGGGAGUUGUAGUCCAAAGCCCAUUGAGGGGGGCUGGUUCUGGAGGGCCAGCUGAAGCCAUUGUGCUGUGCCCCCCCCCGGCCUGGCAAGGCCUCCUGGGCCAGCCCCCCACCCCUGAUAUCGGGCCUGUGUGUUUCUGUGGCUCUUCUGAGUCUGAGAUCCUCGAGUUGAAGGGACCCCAAGGGUCAUCUAGGCCUGCCCCCUGCAAUGCAGGAAGUGCAGCUAAAAUGUUCCCUUGUGAGGUCUGGACUAGGGGGCGUUUCAGGUGGUUUCCAAGUUGGAACUUUUGGCACAAAGUGGGGGGGGGGGCUCUUUUCAGUGCCAGGAUCCAGGGUGCUCUCUUGACCUGGAGCCCAAUCCCUCUCCCCCUCCCCUGUAAAAUGGAGUCUUCCCCUCUUCUUCUUCUUCUUGCAGGACCCCCUUUUCCUUCCUCUUUGCUCAGAGAGUCGGAACCCGCUCUCUCUCAAGGGACCCUGGAGCCAAACUCUUCCAGAGUUUUCUCUUUCUUCUCCCACUCCUCAGCAUUUCCUUCAUGGGGGGGGGGGUUCGCCAGCAAUCCCCAACUUUACUUGAAUUUGGAAGGGGUCUGAGAUAGGAACAAGGGCUAAAUUGUGACUUAUACCCACUCACCACUCACCCACUGCCUUAUUUUAAACAGCCAUGAAUUCGUCCCAGGCCCACAAAUGUAAAGUAUCUCCUGAGUUCCCCCCAAGGGGGGCACUUUCAGGUGUGUCAGUGAGGGAGGGGGGGGCUGCAGGGACCUCGUUCAGGUGUUUACAUGCCAGGAAGGGGCAGGGCGGCAGUGGGGGGGGUGUCUUAGCUUCUCAAGCAAAGGGUGGGAAGGAAUACUUUCUUAUUGCUCUUGAGAUGUACAAAAAUCUGUUGUCCUAACUUUUAACAACACAGGCCUGCUGUGAUGGGCUUCCUUUUUUUCCUUGCCACUAAAAAAUUCCAUUUAACUGCCUCUUUGCCGAUUGUUAUGUUUCAUUACUUUUUUUAAGGUAAAGAUGUUACGCUGUAUCUUUGAGACACUGUACUUACUGCUGCUUUUUUCUAUUCUGGGUUUGAAUAAAAAUUAAUCUGUGGACUAAC